CCCAGUUUUCAUCGUGUUUGUUUCAUCUUUUAGUUAUUUAUAUUUAUAUAUGAUUUAAAGUCAGUUGAAGAAGAAGAAGAAGAAGAGGAAGAGGAGGAGGAAGCGGAAGCUGCAGCAACAUGAAGCUCAACAUCGAGGGUUUGCUGGUGUAUUUCCCGUACGACUUCAUUUACCCUGAGCAGUACUCCUACAUGCUGGAGCUGAAGAGGACUCUGGAUGCUAAGGGUCAUGGAGUCUUGGAGAUGCCGUCAGGAACAGGGAAGACUAUUUCUCUGCUGUCGCUCAUCGUCGCCUAUCAAAAAGCCUUUCCUUUGGAAGUGACCAAAUUAAUUUACUGCUCCAGAACAGUUCCAGAGAUCGAGAAGGUGGUGGAAGAGCUGAGGAAACUGAUGGAGUAUUAUUCCAAGGAAACUGGAGAAAGCAACAACUUCCUGGCUCUGGCUCUUUCCUCCAGAAAGAACCUCUGCAUCCACCCUGAGGUGAGCGCUCUGCGCUUCGGGAAGGAAGUGGACGGGAAGUGCCACACUCUGACAGCCUCGUACAUCCGAGCACAACGCCACAGCGACCCCGACCUGCCCGCCUGUCGCUUCUAUGAGGAGUUCGAUGCCGUCGGCCGCCAGGUGCCCCUCCCACCUGGCGUCUACAACCUGGACGACCUGAAGGACUUUGGCAAGAGGAAAGGCUGGUGUCCGUAUUAUCUGGCACGAUACUCGAUCCUGCACGCCAACAUCGUAGUGUACAGCUACCACUACCUGCUGGAUCCCAAGAUCGCCGACCUGGUGUCCAAGGAACUCUGCAAGAAAUCUGUUGUGGUGUUUGAUGAGGCUCAUAAUAUUGACAACGUAUGUAUCGACGCCAUGAGUGUGAACAUCAGCCGACGCACACUCGACCGCUGCCAGACCAACGUGGACACGCUGCAGACGACCAUUCAGAACAUCAAGGAGACGGACACGGCCAAGCUGAGGGACGAGUACAGGCGACUGGUGGAGGGGCUGAAGAAUGCCAACGUUGCCCGGGAAACGGACGUCUACCUCUCAAAUCCAGUGUUACCAGAUGAAAUUCUUAAAGAGGCAGUUCCUGGAUCUAUUCGCACAGCCGAGCACUUUGUUGGUUUCUUGAGGCGUUUACUGGAAUAUCUGAAAUCCCGUCUGAGGGUCCAACACGUGGUCCAGGAGAGCGCCCCCCAGUUCCUCAAAGACAUCUUCGACAAAGUCUGCAUCGACCGGAAACCUCUGAGGUUCUGUGCAGAGCGGCUGCAGUCUUUACUACGAACUCUGGAGAUCGCAGACAUCGCCGACUUCUCAGCUGUGACUCUCAUCUCUAACUUUGCUACCCUGGUCAGCACCUACAGCCAAGGUUUUACCAUCAUCAUCGAGCCUUUUGAGGACAGAACUCCGACCAUCGCAAACCCUGUCCUGCACUUCAGCUGCAUGGAUCCGUCUAUAGCCAUCAAACCAGUUUUUCAGAGGUUUCAGUCGGUCAUCAUCACCUCAGGGACUCUCUCUCCACUGGACAUCUAUCCCCGAAUCCUGGACUUCCGUCCCGUUACCGUGGCGUCCUUCACCAUGACACUAGCACGGACCUGCCUCUGUCCCCUGAUCGUUGGGAGAGGAAAUGACCAGGUGGCCCUGAGCUCCAAGUUUGAGACCAGAGAAGACUUCGCUGUGAUCCGUAACUAUGGCAACCUGCUUCUUGAGAUGUCGGCCAUUGUCCCUGACGGCAUUGUGGCGUUUUUCACGAGCUAUAUGUAUAUGGAGAAUAUAGUGGCAGCUUGGUAUGAACAGGGAAUCCUCGAGAACAUCCAGAGAAACAAACUCAUCUUCAUCGAGACUCAGGAUGCUGCAGAGACCAGCAUGGCCCUGGAGAAAUACCACGAGGCUUGUGAGAACGGCAGAGGAGCCAUCCUCCUGUCGGUGGCCAGAGGAAAAGUGUCUGAGGGAAUCGACUUUGUUCACCACUUUGGUCGGGCGGUCAUCAUGUUUGGAGUUCCUUAUGUUUACACCCAGAGCCGCAUCCUAAAGGCUCGUCUGGAAUACCUUCGGGAUCAGUUUCAGAUCAAAGAGAACGACUUCCUCACGUUUGAUGCCAUGCGUCACGCAGCUCAAUGUGUGGGCAGAGCCAUCAGAGGCAAGACCGACUACGGACUCAUGAUCUUCGCUGACAAACGUUACGCCCGAGCAGACAAACGUGGGAAACUCCCUCGCUGGAUUCAGGAGCACAUCAGCGACGGCAGUCUGAACCUCACGGUGGACGAGGCCGUCCAUCUCUCAAAGCACUUCCUCCGGCAGAUGGCUCAGCCUUUCAGACAGGAGGACCAGCUGGGUCUGUCUCUGUUGACUUUUGAGCAGCUGCAGUCUGAGGAGAUGCUGAAGAAAAUAAGUCUGAUGGCUCAUCAGAAUUAAAGGUGACAUACACCCCAUAAUGUCAUCACCAAGGCAACCGGUCGGUGUUAAUUAUGUACCACUUGUAUAACUGAUCAUGAGCCGAAGCUAGUUUCCUGUCUUCAGAGUAAAAUAUCAUGACAAAACAGAAGCUGCCACUUGGAUCCAUUUAAAGUAUUGGGCCGUACAGUACUGUAAAAACUAUCUUCAAUUGAAUCUUGUUUGUUUUCCCCCUGGUGGUCAAAGUUAGCAGCCUAUUUCCAGUUUGACUUAAGUUUCCCUUCAUUUCCCUCGUUAAAGAACUCAGUGUUACACGUUAGGAGAGGAGGGGGGGGCAGGACAGUUUGAAAACUGUGUGUACAUUUUCAUUAUACUGCAAAAACUGUUACUUCAAUCAAAGCAACACUAUGCAACUUUCCUACUUUAAACCAGCAGCUGGAUUAAAUGUGUUUGAUGGUUCAGUGACUGUGAAGAAGGAGAGGUUUCCUCCUUCGCUCCCUGAACGUCUGUUCUCUGUAACUCUGGUGAGUGGGUUCCAUCUCCUGUGAGAAGAAGUGACUGAGAGUCUCAGCUUCAACUGUCACAAUCAGCUGCAGGUGAAGAGUGAAGCUGAACUGAGAUCAGUUAAUCAUGAAGAAUUCUAAACAGAGUUUGGUGGAUUUGUUACAGCCGCAGUUCUGUUGGUUCAGGAAGCAGAGGAUCAUGGGUAAUAUCCAGCGUUCAGUUGGGUUUCAGUUCAACACAUUGAUAGACAUCGCUCCGAGGGCUCUGUUGCUUAGGAACAGUUACAUAGUGUUGCUUUAAACUUCUAAUGUCCGUUUCAAACCAACAUCAUGUUGAAAGGUAACUUGUUAUGUUUGAAGCAAGCUGGUUUAACAUGUUGCAUUAAUAACAGGAACAUCAUUCCACCUGUGGGUGAAACAUUGAUCCACAUAGUGUCUGUCAUACAGACACGACUGCUGUUGGUCGACUUUACUACUGCAACUGUAAAUAGUCACAUUUUGAAUGUGAAUGUAUCUGAAUGUUUGUCUGUUUUUUCACCAGGAGGUUGUAAUAAACAUGUUUCUAUUUUUACAA